AUGGGUAAUGAUGCUAAUAGCAAAUUUCGUCGUAUUUCACAUCUAACUGCUGUUGCAAAAUCUACGUCGUAUGCAUUUGAAAGCAAAGAAAAUGUAACAUUAAUUUGGUUAGAUAAAUCUAUUGAUACAAUCCGAACAACACUACGCGGAAUAACCCAUUAUGUGUUACUCUAUACUGAAGUUGAACCAUGUAUAAAAUACAUUCGUUCGGUAGUUGGAGAUCGAAUAUUUCUUAUUGUAUCUGGUGAUUAUUCUGAACAAUGUCUUGAUCAAAUACAUGAUUUAUCACAAGUUGAUUCAAUAUUUGUAUUUUGUAUGAACAUAUUGAAAUCUAAAGAAAAGUUAGUUGAUUCAAAGCAUUUUUCAAAAAUUGUCGGUAUAUUUGAUAAUGAAGAACAACUAAUAAAAUCUGUUCGAGAAGAAUUCGAUGAUUUAAAUCAACAAUUAGCAGCAUUUAGUUUAUAUGAAAAACAAAAAUCAACAAGAGAUCUAUCGAAAGAUGCAGCAUCGUUUCUUUGGUUUCAAUUAUUUAAAGAUGUUCUUCUUCGUAUGCCCAAAUUGGAAGAUGCUAAACGUGAAAUGAUUGAACAAUGUCAACAAUACUAUCGCGGAAAUACAGAAGAAUUAAAAAAUAUCGACGAGUUCACUCAAACAUAUGCCUACAAUGAUGCAAUACGUUGGUAUACAAAGCAAUGUUUUAUUCAUCGGUUAUGUAAUAAGGCACUGCGAACUGAAGAUAUUGAAUUAUUAUAUAUAUUUCGUUAUUACAUACAAGAUUUAUGCAAACGCUUAGCUGUUGAACAUGAAUCCUUUCGAAGAAGAGAAAAAUAUCAAGCAAUAUUAAAACUUUAUCGUGGUUUAAAAUUAACUAAAGAUGAAUUAAUUCGUUUUCAGUCCAAUGUCGGUUCAUUGAUAUCAACCAAUGGUUUUCUAUCAACAACACGUAAUUACGAUUUAGCACUAGCAUUUGCAUUGAAAACUUCUAAACGUUCGGUUGAUGUUUAUCCAACGUUAUUUAUAAUUCAAGCUGAUAUUCUAUUACAUGACGUUGUUUUUGCUGAUAUAUCAUCGUUAAGUGCCUACCCGGAACAACAAGAAGUUCUAUUCGAUAUCGGUUGCGCAUUUAAAAUUCACGAAGUGAAUUUUGAUCAUAGCAAAAAUAUUUGGAUUGUACAUAUGAAGUUAACAAAUGAAGCUCGAUCCAUUGUUGAAACAUACCUUGAAGCCAAUAGACGCGUAAUGGAGAAAGGCAAUGUUUUACUUGUUUUCGGCUUAUUAUUAACUGAAAUGGGUCAAUAUCAUCAAGCAGAAGUCUAUUUUGAAAAUUUACUUUCAUCAAAUAUGAUUGAUGAUAGAGCAUCGUUAUAUACAAAUAUUGGUCGCGUGAAAUUUCAUCAAGGUUUAUUCGAUGAAGCAUUGGUGUGUUUUAAAACCGUCUACGAUAUUCACAGGCAUGAGAAAACACUAGACUAUCAAGAUUUAGCUCGAACAUUGAAUAAUCUUGGUUUAGUUUAUUUAGAACAGAAAAACUAUGAUUUAGCUUUGAAUUUUCAUUUUGAUGUUGUAAAAAUUCAUAAACAACAUUUAGAAUUACCUGAAUUAUUGUCGGCAAAUAGUUAUAAUGCAAUUGGCGUUAUUUUUACAUACAAACAUGAAUAUAAACGUGCAUUAAAAUAUCUAUUUCGUGCUAUGAAACUCUAUGAAAAAUAUUUACCAACUCUUGAUCAUCCAAUAAUGGCAACGAAUUAUAAUAGUAUUGGUUUAGUCUUUUAUUAUACAAAACAAUACGAUCAAGCAUUAGAUUAUUGUUUAAAAGCAUUGAAUAUACGUGAAAAAGUUCUACCGAUAAGUCAUCCGCAUAUUGCUGAUAGCUGUAAUAAUGUUGCACUGGUUUAUCAUCAUUUAAAUGAGUAUGAGAAAACUUUAGAUUUAUUUCAACGUUCUUUAAAGAUAUACGAAGAAAAUCAUGAUAAACAAAUGCGAAUACCGAUCUGUUGGAAUAACAUGGGACUUCUAUCAUUGGAUCAACAUAAUUAUGAUCAAGCUAUUGAAUAUUAUAUGAAAGCAUUAGAUUUAUACAAUAAUGAUGAUACUAAUAAAAAUGUACAUAUGGAAGAAAUUGGUUUUACAAUUGAUAAUUUAGGAGUUGCCUAUGAAAUGAAAUCUGAUUUUAAUAAUGCGCUAAAAUAUUAUCGACAAGGAUUAGAAUAUCAAUCAGAAAGUCCAGAAAGAUUUGUUAGAAUAUUAAUUAAAAUUGGUAAUAUUUAUCAAGAACAAGGUGAUUAUGAUUCAGCAUUAGGUCAUUAUCAGAAAGUUUUAACUAGAAGUGAUACAAUUCCAACAGAACUCAUUUCGUCUGUUCUUAUGUCUAUGGGUAUUAUUUAUCAUCGAAAACAUGAAAAUGAUUUAGCUCUUGAAAUUUAUAAACGUGUCAUAUCUCUUCGAAAACAUUUAUCACCAAAUGAAGAUCUUGAAUUAGCUUGGACAUAUAAUAAUAUCGGUUGUCUUUACGAUGACAUGAGUGAUAUGAAACGAGCAUUAAAAUAUCAACAAAGAGGCUAUGAUAUACGACGUAAAUCUUUACCAUCGUCGCAUCCUGAUUUAGCCACAAGUUUAAAUAAUCUGGGCCGUAUCCAUCAAGCACUUGCUCAUUAUUCAGGUGGAGAUCAAGUUGAAUAUGAGAAAGCAUUAAAGGAUUAUAAAACUGCACUUCAUAUUCGACUAAAAUCUUUACCGAUCGAUCAUCCUGAUAUAGCUGUUUCGUAUUAUAAUCUUGCAUCACUACAUCUCGAUCGACAAGAAUACGAAGAAGCAAAUAAUCAAAUACAGAAAGCAUUGAGUGUCCAACGAAAAUUAUCUUCAGCUCAUCAUCCGGAUAUACGGCAAACAAUAAAUCUUGAAAACAAGAUUAAAAUCAUGCUUGACUAUCGUACUAAUCAGUCAAAACAAGGAGAAAAUAAAGCUUCGUAA